GUAAAACCCGUCUCGAGCAAUUCCAAGUUUUUGAUUCGGCUCCUCCGAGCCACGCGGCGCAUGCGACCCCAGGCGGCGCAUUCGCCGAGACACCGACGCCAGGCCGCCGCCGACCGCCACCGCCGCGGCGAGGCAGCCGACGACCCAGCACCGGUGUGGUACCACCCACCCUCACCAGAAAGGAUGCCCAUUGCAAGGGACGAUCCGCCGCCGGCGCCGCCGACGACGGACGCCGAGACCGACCAGUACUGGGAGGAGAACAAGGGCGACGCUACGACUGACAGUGCCGUCUUCAAAACGGCAAGAGACGAGGCGCCCACCGCGCCCUCGCGGCCGCUCAAGCGCACGGGGUCCGGCGAGGUUGAGUUCGAGAUCGUCGCUAGCCCGCAUGCUAAAAUUGGCAACGAGGGCCGCAGCGAGGAGCAACGAGAAGCUCUACGGAGGGAACACGAACGGUUGUGUGAGCUUGAUAGGAUUGCGAGGCAACAAAGACUAGAAGCGGAGGCGGAAAGGGAUAGGAUCGAGGAGGAGCGGCGGCGGCGAGACGCUGCUAGACCUCUGCACCAGGGCCAGCGGAUUACCAAUAGGGGCAGGCAGACGCGGCAGCUCGUGUCCGCUCCCGGCGACGCCUUUAGCGACGUGCGCGGGCCGCCGCCGCCCGUGCGCCGCGUCGCACCGCCGCCGGCACCGCCGCGGUCGCCCGCCAAAAAAGGCGACGUCGCGUGGCACCUGCACCAGGCGCUCGAGGCGAGUUUGCAGGAAAAUGAUAAACUCAAGGCGGAGCUCGCGCGGUACAAGGCGGCCUACGGGGAGCUGCCGCGGGAUGGUAGAAGGACGUACCGCUAGCGGACGCCUCGUCGUCGUCACGCCGGCGGGCGCUAGGUCGCUGCGUCGUCGCGCCGCGCGCGGCGCGCGAGAAGGCGCUAGGUCGCCGCUAGGCGUAAUUGUAACGGGAGCGGUUGACGUG